AUGGACGAAGCCGUGGGCGACCUGAAGCAGGCGCUGCCCUGCGUGGCCGAGUCGCCUACCGUCCACGUGGAGGUGCAUCAGCGCGGCGGCAGCACUGCGAAAAAAGAAGACAUACGGCUGAGUGUUAGGAAGCUUCUCAACAGACAUAACAUUGUGUUUGGUGAUUACACGUGGACGGAGUUUGAUGAACCUUUUCUGACCAGAAAUGUGCAGUCUGUGUCUAUUGUUGACACAGAAUUAAGGGUUAAAGACCGACAGCCCAUCGACCUGAGCGCAUGCACUCUUGCACUUCACAUCUUCCAGCUGAAUGAAGAAGGCCCCAGCAGUGAAAAUUUGGAGGAAGAGGCAGAAAAUAUAAUUGCAGCAAAUCACUGGGUUCUGCCUGCAGCGGAAUUCCAUGGGCUUUGGGACAGCCUUGUGUAUGAUGUGGAAGUCAAGUCACACCUCCUUGAUUAUGUGAUGACAACCUUACUGUUUUCAGACAAGAAUGUCAACAGCAAUCUCAUCACCUGGAACCGGGUGGUGCUGCUACACGGUCCUCCAGGAACUGGAAAAACAUCCCUGUGUAAAGCACUAGCCCAGAAAUUGGCCAUUAGACUUUCAAGCAGGUACCGCUAUGGCCAAUUAAUUGAAAUUAACAGCCACAGCCUUUUUUCUAAGUGGUUUUCAGAAAGUGGCAAGCUGGUGACUAAGAUGUUCCAGAAGAUUCAGGAUUUGAUCAAUGAUAAAGACGCCCUGGUGUUUGUGCUGAUUGAUGAGGUGGAGAGUCUCACAGCUGCCCGCAGUGCCUGUAGGGCAGGUGCUGAGCCAUCCGAUGCCAUCCGCGUGGUCAAUGCCGUCUUGACCCAAAUCGAUCAGAUUAAAAGGCAUUCCAAUGUGGUGAUUCUGACCACAUCCAACAUCACAGAGAAGAUUGACGUGGCCUUCGUGGACAGGGCUGAUAUCAAGCAGUACAUCGGGCCACCCUCGGCAGCUGCCAUCUUCAGGAUCUACCUCUCCUGCUUGGAAGAGCUGAUGAAGUGUCAGAUCAUAUACCCUCGCCAGCAGCUGCUGACCCUCCGCGAGCUGGAGAUGAUCGGCUUCCUUGAGAACAACGUGUCAAAAUUGAGUCUCCUUUUGAGUGAAAUUUCAAGGAAGAGUGAAGGCCUCAGCGGCCGGGUCCUGAGGAAGCUCCCUUUCCUGGCUCACGCGCUGUACAUCCAGGCCCCCACCGUCACCAUCGAGGGGUUCCUGCAGGCCCUGUCUCUGGCAGUGGACAAGCAGUUUGAAGAGAGGAAGAAACUUUCGGCUUACAUCUGAUCCUGGGCUUCCCCAGCAGCCACUUUCUAAUGAGGAGCGGCCUGACUGGUGCUGCCCAGUGAUCUGCACAGCAUUGCUGAGGUCUGCAAGCUCAAACCCAUGCAUCGGGGCUUUGUGAAAAGAAGUGUGUAAUAUUUACAUUACUUUAAACUGCAUAUU